CCGGGCGUCCGUCUUCUCGGACUGAGAGCGGCUUGGUUCGCCAUGUUGGUUUGUGUGUAAAAAAUCGCUUGCAUCCGUCCUAAAGCCUGACUUUUUCACUCUAAGGACGAGUCCUGCUGCUAGUUCACACUCUGGGCCAUCUACCAAUGCUAUUAUUUUUGUGAUUUGCAGGUAAACUCACGUGGGAAACGUCCUUCUGAGGGAGGACACCCUGAGGUACAUCUCUCUGUCUCUAUACAACAAAAUCCGCCUGGUUUUUCUUUUUUUUUGUCUUCUUCAGCCUGAAAUGAGCUUACCACAGAAAGCCAAACCACAGCCUGUAAUAAGAGGACUACAACAGCCUGCUUCAAUUGCCAGAGGACCUGUGCAGCAGACAAUUGAAGAACGUAUCUACUCUCCUCAAGCAGCAGUAGCCACGGUCCAGUAUACAGUCCCACAGGUGCCCAGACAGGCAGGACCUGCUGCUUACACAACACACGAAAUAAACAAAGGUCAUCCAAAUCUCCCCGCCACGCCGCCAGGCCAUGCCUCUUCACCAGGCCUCUCACAGGCAGCCUUCCAGUCUGGACAGAAUGCAGCUCCUCCUCCGCUUGUGUAUUCCCAAAAUCCACAGACAAUGACUACACAACCACAGACAAGACAGUUCGCAGCAGGGCCCCGGGCAGCCCACCACCAGUUUUUUCAAAGACCACCGAUGCAACCAACUAGACCCAGUAUACCGAAUAAUAAUCCUUCCAUGCGUCCAGGGACACAGACUGCAACGGCUGCAGUCUAUCCGCCCAGCCAAGGGCCUAUAAUAAUGAUGAAUCCACCUGUGCCAUAUCCCCCAGCUCCUCAGGCUCCCUAUUAUAUUGCUAACCCGUUCCGCCCUAGUGCGACUCCAUACAUGGGGCCACCCCAGCAGUAUCCUGUUCAGCCUCCUCCUGGUCCAUUCUAUUCCGGACCAGGUCCUGGUGACUUUACUACAUAUGCCUCAGAAACAAGGCGCAGAGGGUGGCCCCAAUCAGGAGUUCAGCCACUGUGUGCACCGUCCUAUUACAGUCAACCUGUGUAUUCGCCAUCUGCACCUUUGAUAGUGCCAACACAACAACCACCUCCUCCAGCAAAGAGGGAAAAGAAAACGAUUAGAAUCCGUGACCCGAAUCAAGGAGGCAAAGACAUCACUGAAGAAAUAAUGUCAGGCGGAGGUGGAAGUAGGAACCCAACACCUCCUGUUGGGAGGCCAAACACCACACCCACUCCACCUCAGUUUUUGUGUCCGCACCCUCAUUAUCCUCACCUAUUGUACCUCAAAUCCCAGCAGCUGCCCAGUCAGGUUGCAGAUCAUGCACCAGUUUUUGGAACUGUGGAAAAUACUCACGUGGCAUCAAAUGUGGACUUCAAGCAAGUGGAACGGACUGAAACUGCUGUUACAAAACUGAAAACAGAAGAAAAACCAAAGCAGGAUCUACCAGUGAAAGGUUCUUCCACAGAUGUUAGAACGGAAAUUGCUGAAGAAAAGGAGAUUGAUGGUGGAACUUCUGAUACAGGUCCUUUACUGGAGGAGGAAGAAGAGGAGGGGGAACAGGAGGAGGAGGGGGGAGUGGUGGCAGAGGAGGUGGUGGAGGAGGAAGAGGCGGUCUUGGUGGAACAUGUUUCUAGUAAUGCUGUUUUCCCAACUAUGGACUCUACUGAAGGAUCUGGAACAUCCAUUUCCAAUGAGGAGAAGAAACUUGCACCUAGCAUACAUUUGCACAUAGACGUGGAAAAGGAUAAACAAAAAGAGCAGGACACCGAACAUCUAUCCGAAGAAACAAUUGUUGCUUCAUUUGAUGAAACCAUGGUACCUUGCACUGUUGUCUCAACUAAAGCAGUGAAUGGCGUAGCAAGCCAGGAAAUAUCACAAUGCACCUUGGAAGGUGUUUCACAAAACUUUCCAUUGUCUACAAAUGUAGAGAAUGCAGAUAAUCUUAGGACAGAAGCAGAGGCAGAGGUGACACUUUCUUCUCCUGCUUAUUCAAUUAGUCUGGAGGCUGCAGCAGAGGAAGAAAACAGUGAGGAAGUGCCUGUUAAUGAUGACAAAGAUGAAGCUGUGGAAUGCAAAGAAUUUAUGGAAGUUGAGGAGAAAGAGGUGGAGGAAAAUGAAUCACAACAAUUAAACUCCAAAAAAAGCCCUGAGAUUUUGUAUGUCCAGAUACCUAUUACUGCACCAAAGAUGCAGAAGAGUCCAAAAGAGUCGGACAAACCUGAUGAGGAUUUGUUAGAAAUCAGUGAAGAGCUUAAACUUGAAGAACUUGCAGUUGAAAAUUUGCCUGAAUCUGAACAAGAUAGAACAGUUCCAGGUAUAAAUGUGGACAAAGACUUGGACAUUAAAGAUCAUGCAGAUGUGGAAGAAAAUGGGAAUCAGGAGAUAGAACCAGAACAGAAUGGUUCAGAGACUGUAUCUGAAAGUGAAAGCACAGAGACGAGCACCAAAGAGAACCCUGAUGAUAGCGUGGUGUGCGGCUUCAAAGAAGACCAGUGGAAAUUGACAAAUCCAGAGGGCAAGAAGCGAUAUGACCGUGAAUUUCUCCUUGGUUUCCAGUUCAUAGCGGCUAGUACACAGAAACCAGAUGGGCUGCCAGCAAUCAGCGAUGUUGUUCUUGAUAAGAUUGCCCAGACUAAACAAAUAACAAGGCCUUUAGACUCCUCACGAAUACUGUCCCGGGGCCCAGACUUCACACCAUCAUACGCAGACUUUGGAAGGCAGCCACAAAGUGGACGAGUAGGAACAGUGCUAAAUGCUGGUCCACGAAGGUCACAGCAUGGGCAAAGAAGAGAACCAAGGAAGAUUAUUACAAAUAUAACUGUAAACGAUGAUGUCCAGUUGAAGAAGUCGGAGAAUGCAUGGAAGCCCAUAUUAAAACGAGAAGAAGUCUCUGAUGACUCCGAUGUGCAAAAAACACAGGAACUUUUCCGACGGGUAAGAAGCAUCCUGAACAAACUUACCCCACAAAUGUUUCAGCAGUUGAUGAAACAAGUUCAGGAGCUGACAAUAGAUACAGAGGAGAGGCUGAAAGGGGUUAUUGACCUCGUAUUUGAGAAAGCAAUCGAUGAGCCUAAUUUCUCAGUAGCAUAUGCCAACAUGUGUCGCUGCCUCACAAUGUUGAAAGUCCCAGUGUCAGAUAAACCAGGUGUCUCAGUGAAUUUCCGUAAACUACUACUAAAUCGAUGUCAGAAAGAAUUUGAAAAGGACAAAGCAGAUGAUGUUGUCAAUGAGAAGAAGCAGAAAGAGAUUGAUGCUACUAUUAAAUCAGAAGAGAAGUCCAGGCUUCAAGAUGAGCUAGAAGAAUCCAAGGACAAGGCUCGUAGAAGGUCCAUUGGAAACAUUAAAUUUAUUGGUGAACUGUUCAAACUUAAAAUGUUAACAGAAGCCAUCAUGCACGACUGUGUUGUGAAACUUCUAAAAAACCAUGAUGAGGAGUCAUUAGAAUGUUUAUGUCGGUUAUUAACCACAAUUGGCAAGGAUCUCGACUUCGAGAAAGCAAAACCUCGCAUGGACCAAUAUUUCAAUCAAAUGGAAAAGAUAGUGAAAGAAAGGAAAACAUCAUCUAGGAUACGUUUUAUGCUCCAAGAUGUGAUAGAUGUGAGAAUGAAAAACUGGGUGUCACGUAGGAUUGAACAAGGGCCAAAAACUAUUGAACAGAUUCAUAAAGAAGCUCAAAUUGAAGAGCAACAGCAGCAACUGAAGGUUCAUCAACAAUUAUUGUCGAAACAAGAUAAGAGACGAACAGGUGCUGUUCGACCUACGGAAGAAGCAUGGAAUACUGUUCCAGUAACAAAGAGCAGCAGAACGAUAGAUCCCAGCAAAUUCCCAAAAAUCACUAAACCUGCCACGGAUGAUAAAAUACAGCUGGGUCCAGGAUGUCGAUUAGGCAGCUGGGGUAAGGGCAGCAGUGGAGGAGCAAAAGCUAAUGAAUCUGAUUCACCUCGAACAACAAGCUUAAAUAGAUUUUCUGUGCUACAGCAGUCUACCCCACUUUCUGAUUCAGAUGCACGCAGAAUGACGCCCAGUCGAAGCAGUACGGGUAGAGAGAAGAAUGAUAAACCAUCAGGUCGGCCAGCCAUCACAAGGGGGAGCAGUAAUAAGGAACUCCUUGAUGAUCGAACCCGAGAAGAAGAGAGAAGAGAAGCCCUUGAAAUUGUACAACAAGCCACAAGUACCUCUGAGGAGAAGAGUGCAGAGGGAGAUAGGAACCGUACUAAGGAAAAUGUGAAAUCUGAAGUUCCUUCUGCCGAAGUUUCCCUCAGAGCUGUUGAGGCUGAAGAGGCAAUGGAGAAAAAAUCAAAAUCUAUUAUUGAUGAGUUUUUGCACAUUAAUGAUUAUAAGGAAGCGCUCCAAUGUGUGGAUGAAUUGAAUUCUCUGAGCCUACUCCAUGUCUUUGUAAGAGUAGGUGUAGAGUCAACGUUAGAGAGAAGUCAGAUAACAAGGGAACACAUGGGACAGCUUUUCUACCAGCUGAUACAGUCUGAAAAACUACCCAAGGAUGAAUUCUUCAAAGGGUUUUUAGAACUCUUGGAAUUGGCAGAGGAUAUGGCCAUUGACAUACCACAUAUAUGGUUGUACCUGGGUGAACUUGUGACACCCAUGUUACAAGAAGGAGGAAUCUCUAUGAGAGAAUUAUUUACAGAACUUAGUAAACCUUUACUUCCCGUGGGGAGAGCAGGGGUUCUGCUUGCAGAAAUUUUGCACCUUCUAUGCAAACAAAUGAGCCAUAAGAAAGUUGGGGCCUUAUGGAAAGAGGCUGGCCUAAAUUGGAAAGAUUUCCUACCUGAGGGAGUUGAUGUUCAACAUUUCAUUAGCGAUAAAAAGUUGGAGUUUACUAUAUCAGAUGUUUCUGGUCCUACUGAAGCACUUUCAAAAAUGGAGUUCUCUGCUGAAGAACUGAACAAGUGGCUAGAAAAACUUAUAAUUGAAGACAAGGCCAGCAAUGAGCAAAUCUUUGAUUGGGUAGAAGCUAAUUUAGAUGAAUCACAGAUUGGUUCAUCGACAUUCCUUAGAGCUUUGAUGACAACUGUAUGUAGGUCAUCUAUUACAGGAGAAGGAGCUUCAAGUCGUGUAGAUGCAACCAUUAUACAGCAGCGAUUGCGAUUGUUACUCAAGUACCUUAAUUCUGAUCCUGAACGAGAAUUACAAGCACUUUAUGCACUACAAGCAUUAAUAGUAAAACUUGAUCAACCUCCUAACUUGUUAAGGAUGUUCUUUGACACUUUGUAUGAUGAGGAUGUUAUAUCUGAAGAUGCAUUCUACAAGUGGGAAUGUAGCAAAGACGCAGCAGAACAGAAUGGCAAAGGGGUAGCGCUAAAAUCUGUCACGGCUUUUUUUACAUGGCUAAGAGAAGCAGAGGAGGAGUCGGAAGAUAACUGAACCUAAAAAGUCUUCGCCAAUCAAAGUGCACAAAGGCCAAUCAUCGCAACAAAUAUGCACAGAAAAAAGUCAGCGAUCAUGAUGAAAAUUAUGGUACACACAAGUAAAGAAAAGCCGCGGUGAUGUUAUAAGAACCAUGGGUGGGAGCACUAAAAAUGUAUUAUUUAUAGAAAAUAUUUUUGUUUUAAAUUUUACGCUUUUUGUUAUUUUUAAAAGGACAUAUGGUUCCAUUUUUCUGUGCAGCAAAAAAUAAAAAAAUUGAACACUUUAAUUUAUUUUUAGAACUGCAACAGUGAUGUAAUUUGAGUUUGCAGUUACUGUAAACAGAAUGUAAUAUAGUUAAAAAGACCCAAACUCUUGCCUACAUGACCAUUACAAACAAAUAUAGGGCAUCAAAUUUAGUAUAUGGGUAGGGUUGGGGGGGGAGGGUGGUUACAAUAAUGGCUGAAAGUAGUAAUAUGUACCAGUAAUUCUUCCUGCCUGCUUCAGCUUGCUCUAGAAAUGUACAUAACAUUCAACUGGAAGAUGAUGCUCCCUGAAUUUUCAAGCCCAUACAUCAUGAACUGCAGAAUAUGGAGAACUUGUACAAACAAAAAUUCAACUGAGGAAGUGCUUGUAAUACUUUCAAACUAUAGUACUACUCAAGAGCUUGUAAAUACAUAAAGAGAAAUAUUUAAAAAAAGACUCAUUACUAUCUUUUCACAUUCAAAACUAAAUAAAAACAAACAGUGCAAGUUGAAAAAAUUUCAAAAAACUGUUUAUCUGAAAAUUAAUGGUUACAAGACCUGUUCUACAUAACUUUGUACUCUGUUACCUCAUUGUAAUAUAUAGUGCAGUGGAUGCAAUGCUUAUUAUUGUGGCAGAAGUCAUUAUCAAAUGGCUGGCUAACACAGGUUGGUCAUUGGAUUAUGACAAGUCUUUAUAUAUUUAAAAAAAACGCUGCACGAAUGAGGAUUCUUUCUCCUUACAAAAUUUCUACCUUUGAUGCAAGAUGGCUGCUGAAUUUUGUGAAAGAAAUGAAAAUCAUAGGAAGAGUCUCUGAAAUAAAGGAUUAUGAGUCCCAUACAGAAUUGCAAACUUUCUCAGAAGCUGCUACCUUGAUUCUACAUACAGCAAAUCGAGGAUAUGUCAGACAACACCUUACAUAAACUUGUGUGGUUAAUCUCAUGAGUUACUGGUCUGACUUGAAAUGGUGGCUUACAGAUUAAUGCUAGAUUUUGCUUGUACCAGUUUGUGCAUUUAUUUGAAAAUUGGUUUUGAAAAGCCAAGCUUAACAUGGAUCAGUUAUGAUUUUGAGACUUGCUUCAAUGCAAGUGGCUAUUGGAAUGCUUAUGAAGAUAAUGUUCCAGACUUGAGAUGCCAUUAAAUAACUGUAUAACUUGAAUUAAAAACUGUUCUAGGCUGGUAAUAAAUAUUGGGUGGAUUUUUUUCCCUGCUUUCGGACUUUAUGCAUGUUCAGCGAUUCUGCUUUGGAUGCAGCCAUUGCACCUACCUGCCAAAUUGUGUGUUGGCAUGAGUUAAUUAAUACAAAAGCAAGAUGUA